UUAUGCAUUUUUCAGAUUUUCUCUCUCAGUUUUUGUUCAUUUAGGUAGGUAGUGUGUUUCUAGAAAUUUAACUCUUUCCUCUAGUUUCUUGAAUUUGUUGGAGUACAAUUAUUCAUAGUAUUCUGUUAUGAUCUUCUUUAUUUUAGGUAGGUUUGUUGUAAUGUCUCUCUUCUCAUUUUAUUUGGGUUAUUUUUUUCCUCUCCUUUUUUUUUCUUUUGUCAGCUUGUCUGAUGGUUUGCAGAAUUGUUUGGUCUUUUCAAAGAAAGAAGUUUGGUCUUGUUGAUUCUUUAUGUUGUUUUUUUCUGAUAUUUCAUUUAUUUCUGCUCUAAUCUUUAUUACUUCCUUUUGUUGACUGUGGCCUCUUUUUGCUAUUCUCUUUCUAUUUGUUCUAGUUGUAGACCUAACAUUUUUCUUUUGAUAUGUUCUUCUAUUUUGAUGUGUGCAUUUACUGCUAUAAAUUGACCUCUGAACACAGCCUUUGCUGUUUCUCAAGGGCUUUGAUAUGCUAUGUUUACAUUCUCAUUUGAUUCCAGGAAUUUUUUGAUUCCCUCUUUGAUUUCUUCUAUUAGCCAGUGGUUUUUAAGUAAGAUGUUAUUCAGGUUUCAUGUAUUUGAUUUUUUUUCCCUUGCUCUUUUGUUGUUGAUUUCUACUUUUAUGGUGUUCUGAUUAGAGAGAACGUUUUGUAUUAUUUUAAUGUUUUUGAUUUUAUUGAGAGUUGUUUUGUCCCUAAAAUGUGGUCUGUUCUGGAGAAUGUUUCAUGUGCGUUGAAAAAAAUUCACGUUUUGCUGUUGUGUGCUGAAGUGUUCUAUAUAAUCCUAUGAGGUAGAGUUGGGUGAUAAUGGUCUUUAUUAUCUUCUGCAUUUUUGUUGUAUUUCUUUCUAGAUGUUCUGUCCUUUAUACAGUGGUGUGUUGAAAUCUUCUGCUAUUACUGUGGAACUGAGUAUUUCUCUUCUCCAUGCUCUUAGAGUUUGCUUUAUGUAUUUUGGAACCCUGUCAUUGAAUGUAUAGAUAUUCGAUUGUCAUUUUAAUCAUUAUAUACUGUCCUCCCUUGUCUUUAUGUUCUAUUUUACCUCAAAGUCUAUUUUAUCUGAGAGUAAUAUUUCCAUUCCUACUCUUUUUUGGUUACUGUUUCCUUGAUUUUUUUUCUUUUAAUUUUUAGUAUUUUUAUGUCUUUUUGUCAAUGAUAUGUCUCUUGUAGAUAGAAUAUUGGUGAAAUAUUAUUUUUUAAUCAUUCUGCCACUCUGUAUCUCUUUAUGGGUGCAUUUAAGCCAUUUAUAUUCAGUGUAAUUAUUGUUGGACGGAUAUGAGUUUAUUCCUGUCAUACUGUGCUUUUCUUCUGUGUUGCUCACGUUUUCUUUUUUCUCUUACUUUCCCAUGCUGAGUUCCUUUUGUUUGUGGAUUUUCUUUUCCUCUCUUUCAUUAUUAUAAAUUUUGUGUUUACUGAGUCUUUAUUUUUUUUAUUUUUUGGAUGGUUAGUUUUGUUAACUUUCUUUAUGGUUUCCUUGAAAUUUACCCUUAUCUUCCUACGUUUGAAUCAGUCGUUUAUUACUUGAUAUUGUCUUGACUACCUCUCCAUCUGAAAGUUCUAUACCUACCCAUUUAUUCUACUUUUUAUUGUUUUGAUGUUGUCAUCAUUUAUUGAUUGAUGUUUCUGUUUUCCUUUCUGAGUCUUUAGCUUUGUUUUAUUAUUGAGAUUUCUUUGCCUAGGUUGGUAUCUGACGGAUGCUUACCUUUGUCCUAGAUUGUGGUUGUUGUCUGAUGUUGGUUCUAUAACAGAAGGUCUCCCUUUACAUUUCCUGUAAGUUUGGUUUGGUGUUUUAGAAUUCCCUUAAAUUCUGUUUAUCUGGAUACGUGCUAAUUUUGCUAUUUUAUUGGAGAGUUUUGCAGGAUAUAUUACUCUUGGUUGGCAAUUUUAUUAAUUCAAGGUUUUUUAUAUGUCAUCCCAUCACCUUCUUGCCUGCAUUGUUUUUGCUGAGUAAUCAGAGUUUAAUCUUAUUUUUUCUCUUUGUAAGUGACUUUUUGUUUUUCUAGAGCUGCUCUCAGGAUUCUUUUUCUUUGGUUUUGGAAAGUGUAAUUAUGAUAUAUCAUGGUAACUUCUUUUGGAGUCCAUCCUAUAUGGGGUUUUUGAACUUACUGGCUGGUCAUUUUUUCUUCUUUCAUGCUAUUUUGGAAGUUUUCUGUCAGCACAUCUUCAACAAUCUUCUCUGUUUUUUCCACUUUCUUCUCCUGCUCUGGAACUCCAAUCAUGUGCAAAUUUUGCUCUCAAUUGUAUUCCACAUAAUUCUUAAUUUUUGUUCAUUGUCUUCUCUAAUUUUUCCUCAGAGUGGUGUCCAUAUAUUUUUUUCAAUAUCACUGAUUCUGUCUUCCAUUGUUUCAAUUUUGCUUCUAAAGCCUUCUAUUGAGUUGUCUAUUUCUGAAAUUUUGUUAUCUUUCUGACUUUUAGUUGCCUUUUUUCAUGAUUUCUAAUUCUUUAUUUAUUGUGUAGUUUUGUUCUUGUAUUAUUUUCCUGAAUUCUUCUAUAUUUUUGUCUGUGUUUUCCUUUUUUUGUCUUUGUUUUUGUUGUUUUCAUCUAUUUUUUUUUCAUAAUGUUGUGUAUUUUUUUCUUUUUUUUUCUGUGUUUAUUUAUCUCUUUCCUAAUGUCUUGGAGAGCUCUAAAUAUUAGUAUUUUGUAUUAUCAGGUAGUUCCACUGCCUUUUCUUCUACCAGAAGUUUAUCUGAUUAUUUUGGUCACUUUCUGGAGCCAACUUGUUCUGUCUCUAAGACAUUAAGGUCUUAUUUUCUUUGUUUAUUGAUUGUAUAUUUGUUUGUUUCAUCCUGUUUUUCUCUUUCGUUUUGAUAUCAGGGUGGGUAGGCUGGGCUUGCUUGCUGCUUGCUUGUUGUGGGCACAAUAUUUCUCACCACCUUGUCCAGUGGGCAGAGCAGCGGCAGUCAGGGUAAGGCUUCUUCUUUCUACACUGAUUUGGUGAGGUGGGUUAAGGUGGCUUGGGUGGGUGAUAUUUGCUUUCUGAUGUUGGUCCAGAGGUGUGGGAGCAUUCACAGCCCCUCACUAUAUGGAACAGGGUGUCAGAUGGGUGGUGGUACAGGCUUACUUCCCACCAUUCAGCUGUUGGUUGAGUGGUGGAAAGGCACAUGCAAUGGAAGUCUGGGGUGGAGGUAUGCCUGAGUGUUGGGGAUACUCUAGCCUUGGCAGCAGGGAGGGGUCCAGAUAAAGGGGAGGAAGUGGCAUAUGUACUGAAGGAGGAAGUGUGAAAAAGCUUGUUUUUCUGGUUACGAGGUGUUCUGUACCGUGUUGUGAGCUCUUUGAAGUUGAUUUCCAUCUUCCCUGUCUGGGGUCAUUAUUGGUUGUUUCAUAAUAGUUGACAGGGACCUCUACUUCAUGUCUCUCCUAGCUCUCUGCUUUCUGUCAAUAUCUUCUUUCAUUCAGUUUUUGACCUAGUUCCUCAUCCCUUCAUUUGAUGCUUAAAGUUCCAGGAUUGAUGUUUGUAUCUCUUUUACUUAGUUUUUUGGGUCUUUGCUUCAGAGAGAUGGCAUGGUGCUUGUGUCUAGGAUGUAAUGUAAGCUGGAUUCACAUGAUUCAUUUUUUAAUAUGUGUAUCCAGUUCUUUGAAUACCCAUUCCUUAAAAGUCUUUCACUUCCCUAUUGAAUUUAAUAAAACUUUGUUGAAAAUUCACGAGUAUAUAUGUGUGGUUCUAUUUCUAGACUCUGUGUUCAAUUUUGUUCAACUGUUUGUGUAAUUGUGCAACAGUGUAACAGAGUGUUAAUUACAUUUGUUCUGUAGUCCAUGUAGACCUAUGUAGAGAAGGUUUCUCCAGCGAGCUUAUUAGACUUCUAAAAUGACUACUCAUGCCUCUCAGAGGGAGCACGUAGAAGUUGCCAGGCUAGUUAAGGGCUAUCCCCACAAAUGGCUCAAGAUUCUGUCAUAUUCUAGAGACCAAGGCAACCAUAUACUUGUUCAGGUUGAUAAGGGUGAAGAAACUAACACCAUAUCUUUGGGUAGUUUUAACAUAACAUGUAGAAAAGUAUAAGAUAGAAGAGUUGUGUCAACCUUUAGAAAUACAAUUUGUAUCGGUUCACCUAAGGUCACAAUCACAAUCAUACACAGGCAAGGUACACUCAACCUCUUCACCAACAUCUUAUCUCAUCAUUGCCUCAGCUUGAAGUUCAGGACUUCAAUUUCUAAAUCCAUAUCAGGUAUGGGUGAGACUCCUUGGGUACAGUUCAUUUCGUACAGCUCCUAAAUUAUUGUUUUUCUGUAUUUAAAGACAUAUGAACUGGAGUCAUGUUCUCUCUUUCACACACACAACAUACAAUGGGAGGGAAUGCAAGAUUAUCAAAAUAGACACUACUUUUCAAAAAAGUGGCAAGUGAAAGGCUAUGGUGCUUCCUGUAGUCAUUUGAAUUACAUCAACUUAUUUCAAAUAUUAAGGCCAGAUUUUUUUCUUAAAAUAAAACCUACUUUGUCAUGUUAGAUUUUUAAAAUAUAUGGCUGUAUUCGAAUUGCUAAAUAAUACUUGAGAGAUUUUGAGGCUAUUUUGAUGAAUUUUUACAAAAUUUUGUAACUCCUUUUUUAUCUUUGCUUGAGUUAUGCUGUGUGUAGAAAAUGAGUUUGAAAGUAUUUUAAUUUUCUUUUGUCCCAGAAGGAUUUUUUGCUGAAAUGAUGAGUUGAAUUCAUUGAUAAAGCUAUAUGUGGAUGGAUCUUUUUUUUUGGGGGGGGGGGGAGAAAUUAAAGCAUCAUUUAACAGGUAUCAUGUUAUUAUUUUGAUUUUUAAUUUUGUGUGUGUGUGUUCAGAAAGUUGUAUUUUUCAAAGGCUUCCUUCACCUCUUCUCAGUUCAGAAAAAUAUCGGCAUGUAUUUGUUUAGAAUAUCCUUUUAUUAUCCUUUAGAAUAUACAGAAUCAGCAGUGAUGACACUUUCUUCUCUACCAGAUCUCGGUUUGUUUUUCCUCUUUUUUUUUUAAAUUCAUUUUGCUAGACACUUAUCCAUUUUAUUAGUCUUCUCAAAAACCAACUCUUAGUUUUAUGUAUUUUCUCUAUUUUAAAUUAAUUUCUAUGUUUAUGAUUUCUUUUUUAUAUUUACUGUUUCAAUUCUACAAUAUUCUCCGGGUUUAUUUUGCUCUUUCCUUUCUAGCUUCUUGAGGUAGAAGCUAGUUCAUUUUUUAAAUAAUCUUUCCUAUUUUCCAAUAUUUGCAAUUUAAGGUAUACAUUUCUCUUUAUGCACUAUCUAAGUAAGCUGCAUCCAACAAAUUUUAGUAUUUUUUAUAAUAUAAUAAUGUACACAAUACAUUCUAAUUUUUACUGUGACUUUUUCUUUGAUCCAUAGCUUAUUAAGAACUGUGUUUUUUAAUUUGUAAAUAGUUGGGGAGUGUAUAGUUACUUGUUUAAUCAAAUUUCCUAGUUGAAUGCUAAUAUUAUCACACAUAUUUCUGAAUAAGUCCUCUGAAAUGUAUUGCAGCUUGUUUUGUGCUAGGAUAUUGUCUAUUUUGGUGAAUGUUCCAUGAGGACUUUGUGAUAAAUAGAAUAGUCCCAGAUUUCCUUUCUCUUCUCUAUUGCCAUACCGUCACUUUACUUUUGUCUUUAUUGGUUUAAUAUAAAGCUUUAAGUCAGAUGAUCAUUACCCAACAUUUUAUUGUACAAACUAUAACUUCUCAUUUUAGAAUUAUUAUAGGAAUUUUGGGUUGAGUUUUAUAAUUUGAUUUAAUGUUAAGAAAUAAUUGUAUACAAAUUCUUUUUGUAGUAUAAAUUGCAGUGAUUUUAUCAUUUCCUUAAAGUGAAUUUAUAUCUAUAAUUAUAUUCCAGUCUAGAAAUAUUUAUUUCUAAAAAUUUCUUCAGAAUGAAAUGUAGGUAAUUGUCGAUUUAAGCACUCUUUUAUGGAUAUUGGCUAAUGAAAUUGUAUGAAAUGUUUAAAAAAUUAAGCUACGUGUUUUAACCUGUAAAUAGACACACUCAUGAUUUUUGACAAUAGGAUUGAUUACACAAGGAAAUUAGAUAGUGGGGAACCAUUGAUGUAUGCAACAAUUUUCGUUUCUACUGAGCAGCCUGAGAAGAACUAGGACAUGCCACAGAAUCCUUCACCACACAUUCUGAAGUGUAAUUAAGAUGAUUUGGGGGCUGCUAGUAAGAAAGAUCUAAAAGAACUGUGACCUUAACAAGGUAGAGUUUUGAUUUUCUGUUUACAAAAGAAGUACAGAGUAGGUUGCUUAUGGACAUUGAAUUCUUCUACUCAGCAAUUAUUAACUCUUGACUUCCAUGUUAUUUUAUUUUUCUUAAUUUCUUUAUUUUGGCUAAAGUAUACUGAGCCAAAGAUACGUCAUUUUAACAAAUUCUACAUGCACAUUUCAGUGACAUUGGUUACAUUAUUCAAAUUGUGCUACCAUACUUACUAGUUACCAUUUCUUCAUUAUUCUACUACCAUUAUCUUAAACUAACUGCUGCCUAAGUUUCCCAUUCAAUGUUUUGAGUUGCCAUUUGUAAAUUUGAUCUCACAUAGAUCAUUCUUUAAAAGCACACAAUGCUCAAAGCAGAGGUAAUUUACUAAUGAAAAUAAUGUAUUUUUUCGUUCAAAGAAGACUUCAGGGGUUAGCUUUGGUUUAAGAUUUAAAACUUUAAGAGUAUCUCUGGGAAAAAUUUCCUUGUGCUCAUGCAUGUAAGUUGAGUUUUUCUGCAUCAGCAAUGAACAUACUAAAGAGGAAAAAAAAAUUCCCUUUUACAAUAUCAUCUAAAAGAAUAUAAUCACUAGGAUUAAUUUUAGAAAGACUUGUACAGAGAAAAGUGUAAAAGAGUACUAAAAUUAAUUAAAGAUGACUUAAAUAAAUGGAAUGGCAUUUCAUGCUCGUGGACUGGAAAAUUCAGUAUUGUCAAGAUGUCAAUACUACCUAAAACAGCUUAUAAAUUCAAGAAAAUCCCCCUCAAAGUUCCAACAGCCUUCUUUCCAGAAAUGGAAAAAUCAAUCCUCAAAUAUGCAUGGAACUGCCAAGGGCUCUUAGUUGCCUAAGCAAUCUUGAAAAAGAACAGAGUAGAAAGACUCUCACCUCCCAUUCUCUUAACUUCCAUUCUUUGGUAUGAUUGUGGUCACAGGAUGGUUGUUGGAGCUCUGAACAAUUUGUCUGAGAUCUAGAGAAGCAUCAAGGAGAAAGGGUAAAAGGGAGUUUGGCUUCGAAUUUGAUCAUUUCACUUCCUGCGUGUCUCAUUUAAUGACUUAACUCGUAUCUUAUGUCACCUUAGCUUUCAAAGAAUGCUGGGAAUUUAAUUUUUUAAAUCUGGGACUACUGAUUUUCCUGGAAAUAUAAGGUCUAACACUAAGAAUCAUAGAUUUGCAAGCUAUUCCUUUAACUUUUUUUACUUCCUUUAUUUCAUGUUUAAUACAGAUUUUACCAAUUUGCCUGUCUGAAACUCUUACAGUGACAAACUCAAGGCUGUUACUGCUAGUGUGAUAUAUUAGUUUCCUAGGGCUACCAUAACAAAAUUCUGCAAAGUAGGUGGCUUUAAACAACAGAAAGUUAGUCUCAGCUCUGGAGGUGGAGGUUCAGCAUCAGGGUGUCAACUGUGCUGAUUCCUUCUGAGGCUUUGAUGGAGGUCUGUUCUGCUCCUCUAACCUAGUUCCUAGUAGCUCCAAGAAUUCCUGAGUUGCUACUGCAGCAUCACAUGGAGUCCUUCAUCUUUCUCUCUUUGUCUCUGUGUACUUUCUCUUUUAUAAAAUCACCAGUGUGACCCACCCUACUCCACUAAAAUCUCUUAUUAAUCUAACUAAUAACAUUUUCAUAGAUCCUAUUAAAAGUGUCACAUUCACAAGUAUAGGGGUUUGGACUUCAACUUAUGUUUGUGAGGGACACAACUGAAUCCAUAACAAGUGAGAACCCUGCUUUAUAUAUAUUUGAAUUGAAUUUUCAAUGAUUUGUUCUGAAAUCAAUAGUCUUCGUCCAGUGGGAGCGAGUUCAGAUAUCAUCUGCAAGGAUAUAACUUAACAGUACACAUUCAAAAGGCUUGCCUAUUUUGGAGGUCAUGAUUUAAAAAGGAGAAUUGUUACAUAUUUAAGUUCUUCCCAGUCUGGACUCUUCCCUUUGGAUGAUUUGACCUCAGGUUAUAUUUUUGUGAUUUUUCUCCCCUGAGUACCUGGUCCUGUAAAUCCUAUUUUACAUGGGUGAUUAUCCUUGCAACAUCUCUAGAGAUGCAGAACCUACUCUCAGAAUUAUGAUUAAGGUCACAAUGAAUUUAAUGAUGGAAGCAUCACUACUUAAGAUACAUCUAUUAAAUGACUCAAAAAUAUUUUUUGUAGUUCAAGUGUAAAUAAAAUGCCAAAGAUUCUUAUGUUACCACAGAGAGUGCUUGCCUAAGUGAGUGUUUACAUGACUAAUUUUUUCAGGAAUUGAAAUGUUGGACCCAAAGCGUAAUGACAUAUGAAUAUGAAAUUAUUCUCCAUCCUUCAGGCAAACCAAAGUUUGACUUUGUUGUAAAAAGUCAGACCAAUAUAACAGAUUGAGAAUCAAAAGGCUGUAACGGCUAUUUCACUUCUAAACCACAAAAUGCAAAAUAUUUUUCUAGUCACAUUUCUCUCUCCCACGAAAUUUACUUCUUAUUUACUUUUUUAACCUCAUACAACUUAUUUAACAUUUGAUUUUUUAGAACAAAUUAUCCCAGUGUUGAGGUCUCUGGCUCUCUCUGCUUAUAAUGAAGAUUCAGACUUCUUUUGGCUAGAAGACAUUUUUGAUAUUUGUGUUAGAAGUACCAACAAUUUAAAAGGUAACAAUUUUAUGAAAGAUUGAGACGGACUUCCUGAAGCAUGGAAAGUUUGGCCACAAAGAAACAGUUCUAAUUCAGGUGAUGGUGCAUGUACUAUCUUACUCUCUGUGUUCACAGAGACGGCAUCACAGAGACGGUGUAUGAGGCUCUUAUUUUUUAGGACAAGGGAGAAGGAACCACAAUUCAGAACUUAGAAUGAAUGACUGUUUCAUUAUGUAGGUAACCCAGGAAGUGUUUGUACACAUAAGAGUCUUCAUUAGGGUUUAUAUUAUGCAAGGGUACAUUGGUAGUGUGAUUUGGAAAGUCAUAGUCUUUUAAAAGUUCUCCUGAGUGAUUCUGAUAAUGAGCCAUGUUAGAGAACCUUUGUGGUCGAUAAAAAUAUGGGGAUUGACUUAAUUCUGAAAUACCUUUUUGGAUACUUUCAUAGUGUAAAGAUCUAGAAUACAUUUACCUCCUCUUACAUCAGUGUUCUUAGAAACUAAUGUAAGGGUAUUUGGGGGUUAUUCUAAUAGGCAGAGAUUUGUAAAGCUCAUAUAGGAUCAACGGAAGUGCUCUGUAAUCUGUUAAUAAUUCGAUUAUAAUGUAAAUCUUUAAACCUUGCAUGAGUGGCUUUCAAGGACCUAAGAUGAUACUUAUGUAAGCAGUUAUUACUUCAGUUCAUAGGAGUGAGAGAUUGAGUAAGAAGAGGACUGAAAUUGAUCAGUAAACUUAGCAAAUAGUGUUUUAACAAUGAAGAACAUAGAAUUGGGUUGCUUGCUUGAAAUAGAUGUAGAGUAGAUGGAUUAAUUAUUUAAACAAUGGAGAUACUACACUGUAUAAAUAUAGAGAGGAAAAUUGUUACCGUAGAAAAUGGAAGAGACAAUUACAGGAGGACUAUUUUAAAAGUGGUAAAGAGAUGGGAUCUAGUGAACACAGAGGGUUUGGUCAUAGAAACAGAAAAUUCAUAUAUUGUGAAGAGGUCCAGCAGAAUUACAAUGUCAGAUAUUGAAGCAAAUGUCAAUAGGGACUUCAAGAGUAACUAGAUAUCAUUACUAGGAUUAUUUUAAGAGAAACCAGGGUUGGUUAAUAUUGAAGAUAUUUAUGAUAUACUUUGUGUUUGUGUGUGCCAUAUUCUUUUUCAUUUUUUCCUUGAAAUCUCUUCCCUAGUCUUUUUCACUCCUGCACACACAUCACCAGCAAAAAGUAAAUGGUUUUCAACAAAAAUUUAACCUUUCCAUGUUUUAUUCAUGCUCACAUAAUUAUUUUUAUUUUGUCUUAUAAUAGUAUUAUACAUAAUUUCAUGCUUAUUUCUUUGUUGCUCAACAGUAGUUGUUAUAAGUAUUUUUAAAAUUGUGAAGUAUGUCCAUUGUGGAUUUCAGUUAUUAGUUAAAAAGAUUCUGCCAUUCCUACAAUGCAGAAAAAAAAUCUCAUUUGCUAACAUGAAAGUGAAUAUUAAAUAAAUCUUCCUUUAUUUUUGUACUAAAACUUUAUUUACAUUUUAUUUUUAUAAACAGUAUUGAGUAUAUAUACUCAAUUUUAUUUUCUAGCAGAUGUGGCAAAUUAGCGUGUUAAACCUAUUUAUUUCAUAAUCUGCUCUUUUCCCAUAUGUUUCUAAUUACUUGUUUAUCUUUGUUAUUUGAUAAGAUCUCUGAGGUUAUGGACCAUAUUUUAAUCAGCCUUAUAUUCCUAAAAUUUUGUACAGUGCUGAAAUAUAAUAAAUCCUAAUCCCUAUUUGUUGAAAGAAUAAACAACUUAUAGGGAGAUUUCAUAAAGUCACUAGUUGCCAUUACAUUUACAGGUAAAUUUGUCCUGACGUCUAAAAUAAGGAUACACAGAAGAACGUAUGGAACAAUGUGACUGAGUUUGUCCUUUUGGGGCUCACUCAGAGUCUCCAGGGUCAGAAGGUAUUAUUUGUUGUGUUCUUGCUCAUCUACAUUGUGACAAUGGUGGGCAACCUCCUCAUUAUCAUGACUGUGGGGGUCAGCCCAACACUGGAUGCUCCUAUGUACUUCUUUCUUGGCUACUUAUCAUUUAUGGAUGCUGUUUAUUCUACUACAGUUACCCCAAAUAUGAUUAUAGACUUAAUCUAUGAGAAGAAAACCAUCUCUUUCCAAGAUUGCCUGACCCAGCUUUUUGCAGAACACUUAUUUGGUGGUUCUGAGAUUUUACUUCUGGUGGUCAUGGCCUAUGAUCACCACGUGACUAUCUGCAAACCCCUGCAUUAUAUGAUGAUCAUGAACCAAAGGGUGCGUGUUUUGCUGCUGCUGGUGACCUGGGUCGGAGGUUUUGUGCAUGGUAUAGCUCACCUUCUCUUUGUUUACAGUCUUCCCUUCUGUGGUCCCAAUGUUAUUGACCACUUUUGCUGUGACAUGUAUCCAUUAUUAAAGCUUGCCUGCACUGACGCCUAUGUCAUUGGUCUCACUGUGAUUGUCAAUGAUGGGGUAAUAUGUGUGGUCAUCUUUAUGCUGUUACUCAUCUCCUACGGAGUCAUUAUGCACUCCCUGAAGAAUCUUAGUCAGAAAGGGAGGCACAAAGCUUUACCCGCCUGUGGCUCCCACAUCACUGUGGUGGUCCUCUUCUUUGUCCCUGGUAUUUUUCUGUAUGUGAAACCUCCUUCCACCUUACCCAUUGAUAAAUUCUUGACGGUGUUUUGCACUGUUUUCACACCUAUGUUUAAUCCCUUAAUCUAUACUUUGAGAAAUUCAGAGAUGAAAAAUGCCGUGAAGAAGCUUUGGACAAGAAAAAGAAAAUGAGGCAAUAGGCAAAUGCAUCACCUACUUUGAAUAAAGGUUUUCCCUUCCAGGAAAACAAAAGAUAAAACUGAAAUCCACUGCCAUCCAGUCAAUUCCAGGGAAGCUGUGUGUAAUUAUUUAAUUGUAGUAAAUAUUUCCUCAAGUCAUCAUGAUUGUGCAUGAUGGAAAACACUUAUUAGGAUACCUCCAAUGAUUAAUUUUGUUGAAAAUAAAUUUUUGAGAUUUUUAUUUCCUGAGAAAAUAUACAUAC